AUGCCUGUGGAAGUUUUUUCGAAAUUAGACAGGGGAACUGUAUAUUUGUCUGGAGAGUCAAUUGAUGCUACUGUAACACUACAGAAUGUCACAGGAGAAGAAGAUGACCCAAUGGACGAGAGAAUCGCCUGGGCUUCGAUCCAGUUCCACUGCGAAUGUUCCGUCAAUCAAACUCGAAUCACUGCUCCGACGAGCUACGAACUCCCACCGAGCGAUAAGGAAAAACGCAGCUCCUUUCCUGUAGGAACAAUGGCUCCAGUUGUCUUCAAGACCGAACCGAACAUUUUCACGAUUGAUUUGAGACUGAGAGCGGGAGAGAAGAAAACUUUUAAUUUCAGCGAAAAGAUUCCUUCUGACGCGCCGCCCAGUUAUUCUGGCGGAUUUGUCAAGUACUGUUACAAAAUGACUGUAGCGCUGCAACGAGUUUCGUCAAAAGAAAAAGCUCCGAUUCAUCGAGUUCGCGUGCCUUUUCGAGUUCUUGUUUUAUACGGCCUCAGUGAAUAUCAUGGAGAAUCAAAUCCUGUACCAGCAAAUCCCUUCAUGGAAGAAGCUCGCGCUCAACAACAACCUGCAAAUCUACUGGACCUGGCCUCGGACUUACUGAAUAGAAUAACAGCCAAGAGAAGCCUAAAUGUUUACAGAAUCGCGAACGGCCGAGCGAAAACUGAUCCUGGAAAAGAUUUUACAGAAGGAACUGUGUCCUGUCUGCAGAUCGCUGUUUGCUUGCAAGCGGAGGAACAAGUUGCGGAGGAGUACAAAAAGCGCCCGAUUCAUAAUCACAUAACCAACUUUGGACGUCAGGUGGAGCCUUGCCUCUUCUCCAAAAAGACGCAUUUGAUCCUUCCCGUCCCACUUUUCGUCUGUCCCGGCUUUUUGACCGAACUAAUCCACCUCAAAUGGCGACUUCACUUUGAAUUCACCACCGCCGUGGGUCAACUCGAAGGCCAAACCCUCAGCGACGACUCUUGCAAGCUGUGGCAAGGCCCCUUCCAAAUGAAAACGGAGCAAAUGCAAUGGGACCUUCCUAUCAAAAUCCUUCCAACGCUGCCCUCUCUUGCUGAAAGUGGAAUUGCCGAUGGACUGAGCAAUCAGCAAUUUUAG